GCGCUUGCACAACACAAAGCGACAAACAAGUCAAGCUGGUUCGGGUUCGGGUUCAGUUUCAGGCGUGCCUGACCCGAAAAUGAUUCGGGUCCGCCCCAUUUGCUCCUUCGACUCUGAGCAGUAAAGAGCAGAGGAGGAGGAGGGAGACACCAACUGCGAUUGAAGAUGUAUGCUCGCUUUUGCUUCUUCUCUCUCUCUCGAAUGGCGACUUUGUGGAUCUUGCUCUCGCUUGCGUGUUGGAACAGUUUCGCCGGCGCUUCGUCAUCUUCCUCCUCCGAGGCCUCCAUGCACACCAACAACUGGGCGGUCUUGGUCUGCACCUCCCGCUUCUGGUUCAAUUAUCGGCACAUGGCCAAUACUUUAUCCUUAUACAGGACAGUGAAGCGGCUAGGUAUACCCGAUGAGAGGAUAAUACUGAUGCUUGCAGAUGAUAUGGCCUGUAAUUCCCGCAAUAAAUAUCCUGCACAAGUCUUCAACAAUGAAAAUCACAGGCUUAAUCUGUACGGAGAUAAUGUAGAGGUUGAUUAUCGAGGUUAUGAAGUUACUGUCGAGAACUUUUUUCGGGUGUUGACUGGGCGUCAUGAAACAUCUGUUCCAAGAUCCAAGCGUCUUCUAAGUGACGAAGGAAGCCACAUUCUUCUUUACAUGACAGGGCAUGGUGGAGAUGAAUUUUUAAAGUUUCAAGACUCUGAAGAGCUACAGAGUCAUGAUUUAGCUGAUGCAGUAAAACAGAUGAAAGAAAAGCGCAGGUUUAAGGAGCUACUUAUAAUGGUGGAUACAUGCCAGGCUGCCACUCUCUUCAACCAGCUUCAUUCCCCGGGAGUUUUGGCUAUUGGAAGUAGCAGGAAAGGAGAGAACUCCUACUCACAUCACUUGGACUCUGAUGUUGGUGUUUCGGUCGUGGAUCGUUUUACCUUUUACACCCUUGCUUACUUUGAGAGGGUGAAUAUGUACGACAAUGCUUCACUAAGCAGCCUUUUCAGUUCGUACAACCCUAGUUUGUUGAUGUCGACCACAUAUUACAGAACAGAUUUGUAUCAACGGCAUCUGGAGCAGGUGCCUGUGACGAACUUCUUUGGUUCAGUGAUGGAAACAAUCUACACUGAUUCACCUUACCGAUCUCCCCAAAGAAAAGACUCCCAUAAAGGUGAUAUUAGAAUGUCUUCAGACCAGUCCAUUGAGGAUGAGAAAGGGAAAAUGCCAUGUGAAGCAGAUGUGGUUGACAAUGGUGACCUAGAUGCGGUUCAACAGGGUCUUCUUGGAUAUAUUUGGAGUGAUCUCCAUAUGAAGUUGGAAAGUUUUGGCGAUGGUGAUACCUUAGUGUACUAUGGAAUGCUAAUGUUGGCUCCAUUUUUGGCAGUUUCAACAUGGAUAUCCUUGUGAAGGUCUCCUUGUUUGUAAUGCAUUCAGCGUGAAGAAUCUUGUGGGCGUGUGGAAGGCCAAUGCUAGUGAGGAUACUGAUGCAACGGCAGAUGUUUGCACAGUGUGCGUAGUGCGGAGAAAA